AUGGAAAACCUUCCUAUAAAUCUUAAAAGCCUAAAAAUAAAUCAUGGAUCUGUUCGAAGACUUUUUAAGGAGUUAUGCUAUUAUGAAAAAGAAGAACAGGAAUUAAAAAAUAAAUUAAGUAGCGCCAAGGAUGAAAAUAAAUCAUCAAAUCAGAUUGCCAGCGCUGAUGAGAUUUUACAAGAAACAAUACGAGUACUUGCACACACAAAUGGAAAUUUCCAAAAUAGCCUUAAAAAAUUAAUUGAAAUAAUUAAUACUAAAUUUGGAACUAUUCUCGAAAUAAAUGCCAAAAAUAUAGCAUUUCGUUCAAAUUGUUCUGAAGAAGAUUUAAAAGAAAAAUGUGGAGAAUUAUAUGAAGACAUUUUUAAAGAAGUUAAUGCAAUUAAUGAAACUUUACAAAAGAUUUUCGAACAUAUUAAGGAUAUGACAUUACCUAUUUGCAACCCUAACAUUACUAAUAAUACAGUUACACCAAGAGAAAAUUGUGUAGAAAUAUAA